AUGGCUCCCAUUUCUACUCCAGAUGCCGCCUCUCCAUCCAUUAUUGAGCGCGUUCAAGAUUUUGUCGGCGAGCACAAGAAAACCAUUGCCAUUGCAGCGGCAGCAGUCGCCGUGGCUGGAGUUGGUGUAGCUUACUAUGCGUCCACUUCCAAACCUGCCGCCGGUGGGGGUGCUGGUGAUGCAGUCAAGUCAAAGGAGAAGAAGAAGAAGACUGGAAGUAAAGGCGCUAAAAAGGGCUCCAAGAAGACUAAUGACGCCGACGGGCCUAUUCUAGAGGAGAGAAAACCUAAGUCUGCAAAAGUCGAGGAUGAAAAGAGUGACACAUACUAUGACAAACUGAGCGCAGAGGAGAUUGCCUCCUUGCCCGAACAGGAACGAUCUUCUAUCGCCACCUCACUAAAAGCUCGGGGUAAUGCUGCCUAUCAAGCGCGCAAUUUCAACGACGCAGCCGAAUUCUACACGCGCGCUAUCCAAAUCUCCCCCACCCCAGAACCUGUCUUUUACAGUAACCGUGCUGCCUGCUAUGUCAACAUGUCACCUCCAAAACACGAACUCGUCGUUGAAGAUUGCGAUUCUGCUCUCAAACUUGACCCUAAAUACAUCAAAGCUCUCAAUAGACGUGCUAUGGCACUGGAGGGACUAGGAAGACUAGAGGAGUCCUUGAGAGACUUUACAUCUGCCACCAUCCUCGACAGAUUCCAGAACCAGACCACAGCCAAUGCCGUUGAGAGGGUAUUGAAGGUACUAGCUACUGAAAAGGCUGCGGCCAUCAUGAAGGAACGGGAACCAAGACUGCCAUCCUACACAUUCAUUUCAGCAUACUUCGCUGCAUUCCGACCACGCGCCCUACCUACAUUGCCCGAAAACCCAACAACGGGAGACCAAACUCUGCUGCUAGGAAUGCAGGCUCUGGAAGCAGCUGAUUACGUCCACGCUGUUACGCUCAUCAAUGAGUCCAUCGAGCAAGGCAUUUCAUGGGACAAGGGACGCGCUGAGGCCCUUAACCUGCGUGGUACAUUCAAAUUCCUGAUGGGCGAAAUACCCGGAGCGAAGGCCGACUUGGAAGAGUCCGUCAAACUCGAGCCCACCUUUACCCAGAGCUUGGUGAAGAUUGCCAGCGUGCAUAUGGAGCAGGGUGACCCCAAAGCCGCUUUUGAGGCAUUCGAACAGGCGGAGAAGGCUAACAGCAGUGAUCCUGAUGUGUGGUAUCACCGUGGACAAGUCCUAUUCAUUAUGAACGAGUUCCAGCAAGCUGCUGAUAACUACACCAAAUCUACAGAAUUGGACGAAAACUUCGUGUUCAGCCAUAUCCAACUAGCUGUUGCUCAAUACAAAAUGGGCGAGCUGGCUAAGAGUAUGGCCACUUUCAGGAAGACUUUGAGGUUGUUCCCUACCAGGAGCGAGCCUAGCAAUUAUUAUGGCGAACUUUUGUUGGAUCAACAACGAUUUGAAGAAGCAGUGGAGAAAUUCGAUAGGGCUAUCGAGCUCGAGAAGAACAAAACUCCAUCUAACGUUCUUCCACUUGUCAACAAGGGCCUUGCCCUCUACCAAUGGAAACAGGACAUUGGCGCUGCAGAGCGAUGCUGCAAUGAGGCUCUGCGGAUCGACACAGAGUGUGAGGCCGCUGUUGCGACACUCGCGCAACUGAGCUUGCAACAAAGCAAAAUCCCCGAAGCCGUCAAGAUGUUCGAGCGCCAAGCCGAACUUGCAAGGAGCGAGCCAGAGCUGGUCAGCGCGUUGACGUAUCAAUAUGCUACAUCUGCGCAAGUCGAAUUCUUGAAGACCUAUCCGGAUAUGGCUGCCCAGUUGAAUGCAAUCGCUCAGGGCAUGAUGGGCCCACAGUAA